GAAAGAGUCAAGAGAAAAGCGAAGAAGAGAAAGAAGAAGAGCCAGAGAAAGAGGCGCCUUUUGCAAAUAAUAAAUAUUAUAAUUAGAAUCCGGCCCCUUUCUUCCUAAAAAAAAAAAAAAAAAAAAGCCCUAAACGCAGCGCCUCAUCCCCCCUCCCUCUGCAAGCCCCCCGACUCGCUCCGCAAAGGCAUGGAGAAGGGGACCAACUGCUUUCCGACCUGCCACACCAUUUUUCUCGCCUGGACAUGGUUCUUACUUCUCUCUUGGUGUUGCACCGGCGCCGAAAUAACUUGCAGAUCCUGCUCAUCUCCAUCGCCCUCCUGGCCGUCCUCCUCGUCUCGCCUUAGGCAGGAGCAGCGACCGCCGCCGCCGCCGCGAGGAUUACGGAGCUGGCCGGGCGGCCGAGCGCGGGGCUCGCUCGGGGCGGCGGCCGCCGCGGAGCCGGUGCCGGGCGCGGAGCCGGGGGGCCAAGCGGGGCCGCGGGGAGCGGCGCUCCGCGCGGCGGGGGCGGGAGGCGGCGCGCCCGGGAGCCGGGGCCCGGCGGCGCCGCGGACCCGCCGGAGCACCGAGGGGCGCCGGGCGCUGCCGGCCGGCGGCGUCCGGGGAGUGCCCGCGGCCGAGGGGCAGCGCGGCGGCCGCGCUCAGCCCCGCGCGCCCCCGGAGGAUGGGAGAGCGGCGCGGCCGCGAGGGGCCGAGGAGCCGAGGCUGAGCAGCACCACCUUCGCGCUCACCGGGGAUGCGGCGCACAACCAAGCCAUGGUGCACUGGUCCGGACACAACAGCAGCGUGAUUCUCAUUCUGACCAAGCUCUACGACUUCAACCUGGGGAGUGUUACGGAGAGCUCACUGUGGAGGUCAACAGACUAUGGCACUACCUAUGAAAAGCUAAAUGACAAAGUAGGCCUGAAGACUGUGCUGAGCUACCUGUAUGUCAGUCCCACUAACAAGAGGAAGAUCAUGCUUCUUAGUGAUCCAGAGGUUGAGAGCAGCAUCCUCAUCAGCUCUGAUGAAGGAGCUACUUAUCAGAAGUACCGUUUGAACUUCUAUAUCCAGAGCUUGCUCUUCCACCCCAAGCAGGAGGAGUGGAUCUUGGCCUACAGUCUGGAUCAAAAGCUGUACAGCUCCAUGGACUUUGGAAGAAAAUGGCAGCUCAUGCACGAGCGGGUCACUCCAAACAGGUUUUACUGGUCAGUGGCUGGUUUGGAUAAAGAACCUGACCUUGUGCACAUGGAAGCCCGGACAGCUGAUGGACACACCCACUAUUUGACCUGUCGGAUCCAGGAGUGCUCCGAGACCAAGAGGAGCGGGCCCUUCUCGCGCUCCAUCGACGUCAGCUCCCUAGUGGUUCAGGAUGAGUACAUCUUCAUCCAGGUGACAACUGGUGGAAGAGCAACGUACUAUGUGUCAUACAGACGGGAACCCUUUGCACAGAUCAAAUUACCCAAAUACUCCCUUCCUAAGGACAUGCACAUUAUCAGCACAGAUGAGAAUCAGGUGUUUGCAGCUGUUCAAGAGUGGAACCAGAAUGACACCUAUAACCUGUACAUCUCCGACACCCGAGGGGUCUACUUCACCCUGGCCUUGGAAAAUGUGAAAAGCAGCCGAGGACUGGAGGGGAAUAUUGUCAUUGACCUUUAUGAGGUAGCAGGGAUCAAAGGCAUAUUCCUGGCUAACAGGAAGGUGGAUGACCAGAUCAAGACUUUCAUUACCUACAACAAAGGCAGAGACUGGCGUUUGCUACAGGCACCGGACACUGAUCUAAGAGGGAAUCCUGUACUUUGCCAGCUGCCCUUCUGCUCACUGCACUUGCGCCUGCAGCUCUCAGAGAACCCGUACACUUCAGGGAGCAUUUCCAGCAAAGAGACAGCUCCUGGGCUGCUGGUGGCCACAGGCAAUAUUGGCUCUGAACUUUCCUACACGGAGGUUGGCGUAUUCAUCUCUUCUGAUGGUGGCAAUUCCUGGAGACAGAUCUUUGAGGAGGAGUACAACGUUUGGUUUCUGGACUGGGGAGGAGCACUAGUGGCCAUGAAACACACAUCAGUGCCCAUCCGGCACAUGUGGAUAAGUUUCGAUGAGGGAAGAUCCUGGACUAAAUACAGUUUCACAUCAACACCACUUUUUGUGGAUGGAUCCCUUGUAGACCCUGGCAUAGAGACCCAGAUAAUGACAGUUUUUGGGCACUUCAGCCUCCGUUCUGAGUGGCAGCUGGUCAAGGUGGAUUACAAAUUUCUCUUCAGCCGCAGGUGUACCAAGGAUGACUACCAGACCUGGCACCUGCACAACCAGGGGGAGCCUUGUGUCAUGGGGGAGAGGAAGAUCUAUAAAAAACGCAAGCCUGGAGCCCAGUGUUCCCUAGGUCGGGACUAUUCCCAAACUGUGGUGUCUGAACCGUGUGUCUGUGGCCAAGGAGACUUUGAGUGUGACUAUGGAUAUGAGAGGCACAGCAACAACCAGUGCAUCCCAGCCUUCUGGUUCAGCCCAUCCUCCCUGUCCAAGGAUUGCAACGUUGGACAGAACUACUGGAACAGCACUGGGUACCGCAGGAUUGUGUCUAACAACUGCACAGAUGGCUUGAGAGAGAAGUACAUGGCCAAGAUGGAGAAAUGCCCUGGAAAAGCACCUCGGGGAUUGCACAUCCUCACCUCUGAUGGGAAGCUGGUCAUGGAGCAGGGGCACAACGCCACCUUCAUCAUCCUCAUGGAAGAGGGUGAUCUCCAAAGGACAAACAUCCAGCUUGAUUUUGGAGAUGGCAUUGCAGUGUCCUAUGCCAAUUUCAGCCCCGUGGAGGACGGCAUCCGGCACGUUUACAAGAGUGCUGGAAUCUUCCAGGUGACGGCAUUUGCAGAGAACAGCCUGGGCUCAGACACUGCUGUCCUGUUCCUGCACGUGGUCUGUCCAGUGGAGCACGUCCAUCUGAGUGUUCCCUUUGUUGCCAUCAGAAAUAAGGAUGUCAACAUUACUGCAGUAGUUUGGCCCAGCCAGGCAGGCACACUUACCUACUUCUGGUGGUUUGGCAACAGCACCAAGCCCCUCAUCACCUUGGAGAGCAGCAUCUCGUACACGUUCACUGUGGAGGGGAUGAACACUGUCACCGUGCAGGUUGCUGGGGGCAGCAGCCUCAUCCAGGACACCAAGGAGAUCGCAGUGCAUGAAUAUUUCCAAUCUCAGCUCCUGUCAUUUUCUCCCAACUUGGAUUACCAUAACCCUGACAUCCCUGAAUGGAGACAAGAUGUUGGCAAAGUCAUCAAGAGAGCAUUAGCACAGGUGACUGGUAUUCCUGAUGAACAGAUCCUGGUAGCUCUGUUCCCUGGGCUGCCUACUUCUGCUGAACUCUUCAUACUGCCCCACAAAAACACAACAGAGAGGAGGAAAAGCAGUGAGGCUGAUCUGGAGCAAGUGGUGGAAAUCCUUUUUAAUGCUCUCAACCAGAACCUGGUCCAGUUUGAACUGAAGCCUGGAGUUGAAGUGGUUGUGUAUGUCACUCAGUUAACAUUAGCACCACUUGUGGAUUCCAGCUCAGGGCACAGCAGUUCAGCGAUGCUGAUGUUGUUGUCAGUGGUCUUUGUGGGCUUGGCUGUUUUUUUAAUCUACAAAUUCAAGAGGAAAAUCCCUUGGAUUAACAUCUAUGCCCAAGUUCAGCAUGACAAGGAACAGGAAAUGAUUGGCUCUGUCAGCCAAAGUGAAAAUGCCCCCAAAAUCACCCUGAGUGAGUUCACAGACCCUGAGGAGCUGAUGGACAAAGAGCUGGACACACGAGUGAUGGGAAGCAUCUCAACAAUUGCCAACAGUGAAAGCACAAAGGAAAUCCCCAACUGCACUAGUGUUUAAUACUGAGAAUCCACUUGGUCUACAGCAUUUCUGAAUUUUUAUUUGUAAUUAUUAUUGUUAUAAUUAUUAUUAUUAUUAUGAAAAAAGAAAGAGUUAUAUGUCAUUAUUAUAAUUUGGGAGGGAAUGGGGUGGGCUUUUUGUGUUUACCAGGGCUGCAUUCAUAAAUAGCAGAGGUUCUUCAUAUUUAGAGAAUACACAUCAGAUUAGAAAUAAAAAGCAAAGAAUGAGUCAAGUGUGCAAUGAGAUUUGAAUGCCAGCUUCCUGUUACAUACAGAAUGGGAAUUAAGUAUUCAAAUCCAACAGAUAGAUGUCGUACCUAAGGCAACAUGUUGUAAGUAAAUUGUCCCUUUUCAGCCCUUUCCAGAAUAAGUCAUGAAUCAGCUGCUUCAUCCAGCCAGAGGGUUCAGACUGGGUUGUUGGACCAGGCUCUGCAACAUGCCAACAUCCCUCGCUUCCCAGUGACAUGCAUGUCUCAGCUUUUUGUAGGAUCUUGCCUCUUUUAAUUGCUUUUAAUUUCAGUCACCCUCUGGCACUGUCGACUGCUGAGAAAGGAAAAGACCAAAUCAGAGCAAACCCACACAUCAGUGCUCCUUGGACCACAGACUGGCUGGAGGGGACAGCACCACAAGCAGAGGAGGAGCGAGCCUGAGUUUAUGAAUGCAGCCCGACCCCUGUGCAUGUGAAUAGCGAGGAUGCCGAAGGCCUACUGUAGAUAAUUACAAUGUACAUAGCUUUUUAUUUCUUGGGAAAUAAUUUAAUGUUUAGUAAAAGAAGAUAUGUUUAAAAGAAAACCUGAACCACACACACACAUGCACGCCCACGUGCACACACACACCACGUACAGCCAAACAGGGACCCUGGUGAGCACUUGAGUCACACUUUGGUUCCAAGCGUGUUCCAGUUGUCUGUCAUAUUUCAAUCUGACACUGCUCUCUAUAAAGAGAGUAAUUUAUUUCUCUAUGUAUAACUGCAAGCCUUUUUUUACAUAUAUGUAUAUAUAUAUGGUGUCAUUUCCUGUGAUGGAGCAGAAAAAGAUAUUAGCAGCCAGAUUAUGAACCUGUCAUAAAUAUUUUAAUGAUGUUUAUCAUCUGUUCAUCCUUGUCACUUUUGCCCACUUCUGAGAAUCAUCUUAGUGGCAUCUGUUAGUGAAAAUGAGGAAAAGAAUCCCGAAAUAUUAUCACCAUCUCUGUGUAGGUAAAUAUCAGUGGCCUUGGCAUACCCAGCACAACCUCAGCUCAACAGUGGGGCAGGUUGCAGUAGCUUUAUUCCCAGGGAGAAGUCAUGCUUUUUGCAGCUCAGCUGAUGAAGUGAAGUGCCAUUUUGGAUGUGUAAGAGUAGUAAAUUUUGGCUGAACAUGGUGCAUGUGAUUAGGGACUGCUCUUUGGAGAGGGCAGGGGAGGGUCAGACCUGCAUUAAUGAGCUGUGAAAGGUUCUUGUGAGUGCUGCAGAAUGGCAGCUCCCAGCUCAGAGUGGAGAUUUCUGCAUGGUGGGUUGGUGUUUUCUGGUCAGAACAGGGAGGUUAAUGAAAAAAAGGUAUUGAAAAAGCUCUUUAGAAAUUUUUUACUACAUUGAACUGAGGAUAUCCCUAUGAAGAGGUGGAGUUUUGAGGCAAGAGGUUAACUUAGUGGUGCGUUACUUUUUAUCCAUUUUUCUUGAGUUGGUGAUGUCAAAAAUAAACCUUAUUCUGGAGAGUAUUGACUUGUAGGACCCAGCAGGAGGGAAAGGAAGAUUGGGGGCACAUCUGCGAAGAUGUUCUAGUCUUUGUGUGCUAACAGGAGGCAGAAAUGACAGCAGAUGACAAUGUUUGUUAUCAUUUCUUAGGAACUGGGUACAGGACCUUGAAUAUACCUGGGCUGAAAUGAGGAGAUGGCUGGAAUUUGGGUGUUACUUGCUGUCUUUCUGCAUUGCAACAGGCCAGUGGGCUACAAACCAGCCUCAGCCACGUGUUUACUCUGUUAGUGGGCUGGAAUGUCUUUCAAAGUUAGAAAUCCUGGUGGCUCUGCAGGUGGAGAGAAAAGUGGUUAAACACAAUUUUGCAAAACUCAGGAAGUGUUUCAAGAUUAAAAUUGUAAACCUAAAAAAUAAGGAAAAACUAUUUCUUGAGAAGUACUAAAACCAAAUAUUCUCAGGUUUUAUUUCAGUCAGUUUUGUGGAUUUUUUUUUUCUAUUGAUUUAAAAAUAUUUCUCUUCUGUCUUCCCCCUCAUUUUCCUGCUCUGGUUUCUAAUGCAAGGUGAAGAGCAAUGGCUGUGUUAUUCUAUUUAACCUUGGUUUCCAUCCAUCACAAGUGCAUAAACUGUUGCAUUACUGUCUCUGUUCUACUGAAACUCCUCAGUAGUUUACAGUAAUGGCCCAGUCUUGUGAUAAGUGUUAGCACAAGGCCAUAGCUUCCCAUUUAGGUGGAGGUGGGAGGGAUGUACAUAAACAAUGGUCCCAUGGGCUUUGAGCUGAAGUGUGGGCUGAUCUCAGUCUUUGCUGAUCAUUAGAAUUUGAGGUACUGCUGUGGUGAGCUGCUGCAGAGGGCUGAAUGUAAAAUACUCAAUAUUUUCUGUAUUAACUUUUUUCCUUAUAAACCACGAGGCAAAGUGAUGAUUUUCAUUGUUGUUUGGAAUUAUAUAGGUUUUUUAUGGGCUUCAUCUCAUGCCGUUUUAACAAGGCAGAGGACUAAAGUUUUCACAAUUCUUUUUCUUAAUUUCUUUUCACUUUUUUUUUUUUUACAUUUUAUUCCUUUACACUUUUAAAAAAUUGCUGUUAAAUAUCUCAAAUGGAAGAAAGUAAGAAGGAAAAAAAUGGGAGUAAGGUGUUGAAAAAAUGGAAAAAAAUUCACUUCUCAAAAAGAAAUUUAAUCUCAGUGAAGGCUGAGAAAUUUCUGAAUGGCAGUUUUGGAGAAACAUCUGUCUAGAAAGACAUUUUCCAUCCAAAAUGAUCCUAAAGUAUCCUACAAAGCAAAGACAAAAAAUCCAUGAAGCCAAAACUGUAUGUCAGAAAAGCCUGACUGAUUCUUUUGGUUGCUCAAACUUCCUUCUCCACAGGACUUGGUGGGUGUCACAGCCUCCCAGUGCAGUUUGUCACACCUGUCAGCACCAGGCUGUGGGCUCCAGGCGCAUCCCCAGGGUGUGCAUGGCACCACAUUUGCCAGGUCACUCCCGCUCCUUUAGGGCACAGUCACGGCCGAUGGCAGCUGGAGAAAGCUUGGGUUCACCACUGAAAUCUGCUCCUUUAGAAUCCAAGAAGGGUCAUUGCUGCAUUCCUGCCUGUCCAUGGGACCUGUGUAAGGCUUGGACUGGGCAGCCAGCCCUCUUCACCAUUUUGGAAGUACUGAGCUGCAGUGUCAGCACAGGCUGGAGUAUUGGCCACUUUUAUUUGGCUUGCUGGGAAAUAACAACUUGGGGUUUUCAUCAGGGCUUUUUUUUCCCUGCAGGUUUUACCCCUGAGGGAAAUGUAGUGGAAAUCCUUGAAGCUGUAGAUUAUUAUUUACCUGAGUAAUGAGGGAAAUAGGCAAUGGCAUCAAUGGAACAUAAAUAGCUCCUACAAUGUAAUUAUGUAAAAAGAGGAAAUGAAAGAGAGAGAGGCAGAGAGCAAGAGACUGGGUCAGUGCCCUCUAUCACUGCCAGCCUUUCCCCCAUGAUGGAUUAGCUGUAAUUUAGGAAUAAUGCAUGAGGUCUGGAGACUAGAUGCAGCUUCUGGUUCUGUGUGGCUGACAGUCUGAUAUAAACCAUGAACCUUUGUUUAGUUUAACCAGUACUCAAGAGCCCUAACCCUAAACCUGGCAGGAUCAGAGGUGAGACCAGAGUGACUGGGGGGUACAGAGUGUUUCAGACACAGUUGCCAUCAAUGAGAGCAUGUGUAGGAAGUGUGCAUUUUCUUCUGGACUAAACUUUGGUUUCACAGAUGUACAAAGAUGUCCUGGUGUUCUGUUCUCCUCCCUUUCCCUUCAAUCAGCUCCCACACCUAUUCCAGCUCUAAUGAACCAAACCAGAAUCCUCACAUUCUUUCUGAUGAUGUUGGACAGUGCAUUAAACCCAAACCACCACCGUGGUUUCAAAGGAUUAAAUGAGACAGACAAUUGCAAUACCUGUAUUGAACACAGUAAUACAACUGCAUGAGUCAUAUAUAUACAUAUAUAUAUACUGUUCUUGGUUUUAUUGUUCCAUUUGAAUAUUUCUACUGUAAAAAAAGGCAGUGGUUUUGAAAUUGUUGAAAAUAAAUGUAUUUUUGUACAUCAGA